AAGAACUCGUUCACUGUAUUUUAACGAACAGUAUGUUACAUGAGGCCAGGCUACAGUAAUCUGGGCGGCUACUGCUUCAUGCGAGGCGUUGGGACAUGCUCCGGCACUGUGAUCAGGAAAGGCUGCUAUGGAAAGUGCUCCCUCUGCAUUCCAGAUGCCUCCAAGUGCAUUCCACGAAAACGUUGUACAAAUCAUAGUGGAGCCUGCUUGAGCAAAGCAAAUUGGAGCAGCUGCGACAGAGAAUUAGAUUCCUAUUUCUGCCAUGGUAGCGACUGCGCCUGUUGCAGGACUAAAAUAUGCACUCGCCAAGAUUCUUGCAAAAAUCAGGGAGGUUACUGUUACAGAAUGAAGACCAAUGUUCAAAGACAACACGUCUGCAAUGGCCGAGUAGAUCCUGCUGGCUGUGGAGGCGCCCAAUGCCGGUGUUGUAUUCCUACUGCUGGAAAAUAAGAAGAGUGGCGACUAUAUUGCUCUUCUGAACUGCGUGAUGAUGUCCACCCAACAAAAAGAUGGAGCUGACACGAGUGCAAUUCUUCACUUCCAGUGAUGUCCACAAGUUCCCUUCACCUCAAAGGAAUACCUUGUUUGAUUUCCCGUUGCACUUUUCUUGGUUUGUCGCACAGUAGUUUUCGCUUAUGAAACACCAUAGGAUUUGGAAAUAGCUCCAAGAUCUAAAUCAGAUUUUGUAAGUGCCCUUACCUGAAGUCACUGUAAUUGGUCUCAAAUAAAUCUGUCUUUUACUUCA